GAAUAAUACAAAAAUCAUGAAGACAAUACUCUUGAUUUGCGCCAUUUUUGUGUGCGCUCAAGCACGAUCAGUCAAGCAACCGCAAAAGCCUUACCCAAGACCUCCACCAUAUAGACAAGCCACUUAUGGAAAUGUUCAGCCCCAAUCCCUAUACGGACCUCCUCAACCUUACGCUGGAGCACAGUGGGGUGCACCAGURAGCGCUAUGCCUGCACCUUUCGCACCUUUCCCACCACCAAAUCCAUGUGCUCCUCAGUGUACCAACCUACCACCAGCAUCACCUUGUCCUUCAAUGUGCCAGCAAAGUUGCUGCCCUGCAGCCCCAGCCCCUCCAGCACCUCAAUUCAUUCAGGUUCCUCCCGCCGUAACAAUGCCAACUACAAAACCAACUAAGGCUCCUAAAAAAGKCAAAACUCCUCCUUGUGCUCCAAGCUGUGGAACCACCUUCAUGUCUGCACCAGUUGCCAUGCCCGUGCAAAUGCCAAUGCAACCAGCUGCUCCAUGUUCACCACCUUGUUCACCUCCAAUGCCAAUGGCACCACCAGCCGCUCCAUGCGCUCCACCAUGUGCCCCACCGAUGCCACCAAUGCCAAUGGCACCACCAGCAGCCCCUUGCGCUCCACCAUGUGCCCCACCGAUGCCACCACCACCACCACCA